AUGGUGCAAAAUUCCCCUGGCCGGAUCCUGCCUCCUGCCAUCUCCCAGUAUCCCAAGGUGUCCGUCGCUGGGAGGCCCUGGAAAGGAGAAGGAAUGGGAGCAGUCAAGGUGCCUGCAGCUUUGGGGCUGCUGCUGCCACCGGCCGAGGGCCCGUGGGGAGGCCUCAUGGGUGCCCCCAUUGUCGUCGGGCAAGUCGUCAACAUCAAAGCCAAAGUGAACCGAGCCUUUAACUCCAGCAUGGAGGUUGGUGUGAAGCUGAAGCCACUGACCCCGCAGACGGAGGAGGAGAAGAUAGAGCAUAGCAUCGCUGCCGAGCGCCGCCGCAUGCGGCUGGUCCACAAGGACACCCUGAAGGACCUCCUCACCCGCAGCCCCUGUGAAACUGAGCUGGAGACACGUGACGGCAGCGCAGCAGUGCCGGCGGCGAAGACACGGGUGGAGAGCGUGGAGCUGGUGCUGCCUCCGCACGCCAACCAUCAGGGCAACACCUUUGGUGGGCAGAUCAUGGCCUGGAUGGAGAACGUGGCCACCAUCGCAGCCAGCCGGCUGUGCCAUGCCCACCCCACCCUGCGGGCCAUCGAGAUGUUCCACUUUCGGGGACCAUCCCAAGUUGGGGACCGCCUGGUGCUCAAAGCCAUCGUCAACAACGCCUUCAAAAACAGCAUGGAGGUGGGGGUCUGCGCCGAGGCGUACGGCCAGGAGAUGUCUGUCAGCCGAAGGCACAUCAACAGCGCCUUCAUGACCUUCGUGGUGCUGGACGAGGAGGGCCGGCCCCGCACCCUGCCGAUGGUGGCACCCGAGCCGGGGGAUGGAGAGAGGAGGUACAGAGAAGCCAGUGCUAGGAAAAAAAUUCGGCUGGACCGAAAAUACGUCGUCUCCUGCAAACAGACCGAGGUGCCGCUCUCCGUGCCCUGGGACCAAAGCAACAAGGUUUAUCUGAGCUACAACAACGUCUCUGCGCUGAAGACGCUCGUAGCCAAAGCCAACUGGGCACUCGCCAGAGAAAAGGAAAAGGUGCGGAUGUACACGCUGGAGGAGGACAAGUUCCUCUCCUUCCGCAUCGAGAUGGUGGUCCGCAUCUCUGCCGGCCAAGCCUUCGCCCUGCUCUCCGACCUGCGGCGCCGGCACGAGUGGGAUAGCCACUACGCGAGCGCCGAGCUCGUCCAGCAAGUAGAUGAUGACGACAUGAUCUACCACGUGGUGAGCCAGACGCUCAGCCGCGAGAACAAGCCACAGGACUUCGUCAUCCUGGCGUCCCGACGGAAACCCUGCAGCAAGGGGGACCCCUACGUGGUGGCCUUUCGGUCGGUGACGCUGCCCACCCACCCCGCCAGCGCCUGCUUCACGCGGGGGGAAACGCUCUGCUCCGGCUUCUGCAUUUGGCCGGAGUCGGAGGAGACGAGCAAGGGGUCAGCUGGGGCUUUGGCUGGACUUUGCCAAAAGUCCACCCACAACAGCGGGUUACCAGGUGCUGACGCAGGGCCCUGCCCCUAA